AUGCUGAGCGUAGUGUUAAAGUUCUUCGAAAGACUAAUUAAACUUAGAAUCGAAGAGGAGCUCAAAUCGAAAGUUGACCUGUCAAACGAGCAGUAUGGAUUUAGGAAGGACAGAAAGCUUCUCCUAACGAAGAGAGAAACGAGGGACAUCUGCGCGGGAGUUCCUCAAGGCUCAGUCCUUGGGCCUCUUCUGUGGAAUGUGCUUUAUGAUGGAGUUCUGGGUCUUGCAUUUCUACGGGGAAUAAAAUGCAUUGCGUACGCUGACGAUCUGGGGAUCAUAGCGGAGGCGAACUAUUCCAAGGAGCUGGAAAUCAUCACGAACGAAGCGUUGACAAGAAUCAGCAAGUGGAUGGCAGCAAACAAGUUGCGACUUGCCCCACAGAAGACGGAAGCCGUGAUACUGAAGGGAUCCCGCAAGAAGAGCUCGAGGAAGGCUUUGCUGCGGAUAUCGAGCGGCUACAGAACAAUGUCCACUAUGGCCGCUCAAGUAAUAGCUGGAAUACCCCCAGUCACUCUGCUCAUAGAGGAAAGGCUCCGCCUGUACAGCAGGGAUGAUGCUAAGCUUCGUACUACCAGGUUGCUGGAAAGAAGCACAACUUUGGAGAAAUGGCAGCGUGUGUGGAGCGACCACUCAGAGACGGCAAUGUGGAGCAAGACUCUGAUCCCGGACGUAAGACAGUGGGUUAGCUGUAAACAUCGAAGGCUAGACUUCUACUUGACCCAGUUUCUAUCGGGCCAUGGAUACUUUGGGCAUUACACCAAAAGAAUGGGAAUCACGGAGGGCAGCAUCUGCGGUUAUUGCGGAGAGAAGGACUCCCCGGAGCACACAAUCUUUGUGUGCCACAUGGAGGAGCAAUACAGAAGGAUACGAUGUGAUUCAACAGUUACGAACAGGGACAAACCGACAACCGAGGGGGGGCAAGGUCUGAGAUUUGCAGGAAAAAAUGAAGAAAGGGAAAAGAAGAUGAGGAAGAAAAAAAAAGGGAGAGGAUACACGGAAAGAAAGGAGAGGAAGGGGGUUGAAAAAGAGAAGACAAAGAGAGAGGAGGGAGGGAGGUUUUACAAUAUACCCUUAAAGGAAGCAACCCACACUGUUCCCCCCCCCAGACGUGUCGCUGGAUCCGUGCCUGGAUGCGUGAUAUUGCAAAUAUCAUCUACUGUCCACAACUCUAAGGGCAAAAAUAGAGCAAGUCCAUCUGGACUUUCAAAGGGCAGAGCCUCUUUGGCAACCAUCGGAGGUCGCCUGCGGUUGCAAAUGAAAAUCAAGAAUGCUAAAUCACCUGUAUCUCGGUGGCAAACCCAUGAGAAAUGA